GAUCAGAAGAUAAAAUGCUUGGAUCAAAGAAAGUGGUUUGUCUCGUUUUACUUAUCCUGCACUGUGCAGGGAACACUCUGAGUUCAGAGAAGUCUGGUAGGUGCCCUCCUGAACGAUUUGUGACUCGUAAAUUUGGCAAUGACAAGUGGUGUAAUCUGGAUGCAGAUUGCCCUAAAGACAAGAAAUGCUGCCUACAUGGUGGGGGGACUGUGUGCAAGACCCCCAAAGGAGAAAGAAGUGGACAAUGUCCAUGGGGACAACGAACAGGCCCACGUUGUGAGGACCAAUGUAUGUCUGAUUCGGAGUGCGCCCCUGACCUGAAAUGCUGUAUGUCAGGAUGUGGAUUCAACUGUGUGCCACCCAUCGGAGGGACUCCGGGAUUUUGUCCAGCUGCUAAGCCUUACCUUUCCCCAUGUUUUGUUCCGUGCACGGAAUGUCCGAAGGGGCAGAAAUGCUGCCCAAAGAAUUGUCUAGAUGAGUGUGUGCCCACCCUACCUGAAAAACCCGGAUCCUGUCCUCAAUAUGAGAUUGCCUGCAUACGAGGAAGUCACCAAAUGUGCAGCAGUGAUGACCAUUGUCCAAAUGAUGAAAAAUGCUGCGCAUUCGAAUGUGGGAUGGCAUGUAUCGAACUUGGAUCAGGUUCAGAGAAGCCUGGUGUGUGCCCUCCUGAACGAUUUGUAAUUAGUAAAGGUGAUAAAGCAAAGUGGUGUGAUUCGGACACAGACUGCCUUGAGGACAUGAAAUGCUGCCCACAGAGUGAGGGGACUGUGUGCAAGACCCCUGCCAAAGAACGAGAUGGACAGUGUCCCUCGGGACAACAGACAGGACCGCGUUGUGAUGACAAAUGUACGUUUGAUUCUGAUUGCGCCCCUGACAUGAAAUGCUGUAUGUCAGGAUGCGGAUUGAAUUGUUUGCCACCCAUCGGAGGAACUCCGGGAUUUUGUCCAGCGGCUCAGCCUAACCUUUCCCCCUGUUUCAUUCCUUGCACGAAAUGUCCGAAUGGUCAGAAAUGCUGUCCAUGGAAUUGCCGCGAUGAGUGUGUAACCACCUUACCUGAAAAACCAGGCUCCUGUCCUAAAGAUGAUAUUGUCUGCAAACAAGCAAGUCACCAGAUGUGCACGAGUGAUGACAAUUGUCCAAAUGACAAGAAAUGCUGCUCGUACAAAUGUGGGAGGGCAUGUGUAUCACCUGUAUCAGAUUCAGAGAAACCUGGCGUUUGCCCCCCUGAACGAUUUGUAAUUAGUAAAGGUGAUAAAGCAAAGUGGUGUGAUUCGGACAAAGACUGCCUUGAGGACAAGAAAUGCUGCCCACAGAGUGAGGGGACUGUGUGCAAGACCCCUGCCCAAGAACGAAGUGGACUGUGUCCAUGGGGACAACGGAUAGGCCCACGUUGUGAUGACCUAUGUACGUUUGAUUCUGAGUGUGCCCCUCACCUAAAAUGCUGUAUGUCAGGAUGUGGAUUAAGGUGUGUUACACAGAUAGGAGGUACUCCAGGAUUUUGUCCAGCUGCUAAGCCUCAUCUUUCCACCUGUUUUGUUCCGUGCAUUAAAUGUCCAAAGGGCCAGAAAUGUUGUCCAAAGAAUUGCAGAAAUGUGUGUGUAACCACCGAAUUUGGAAAACCAGGUUCCUGUCCUAAAAAUGAUAUUGUCUGCAGACAAGCAAGUCACCAAAUGUGCAUGACUGAUGAAAGUUGUCCAAAUGAUGAAAUAUGCUGCACGUACAAAUGUGGGACUGCAUGUACACCACCUGUAACAGAGAAGCCUGGCGUAUGCCCUCCUGAACGAUUUGUAAUAAAAAAAGGUGAUGAAGCAAAGUGGUGUGAUUCAGACCAAGACUGCCUUGAGGACAAGAAAUGCUGCCCACAGAGUGAGGGGAUGGUGUGCAAGACCCCUGCCAAAGAAAGAAGGGGACAAUGUCCAUGGGCAAAACUGAUAGAUUCACUUUGUGAUGACAAAUGUAGCUCUGAUUCUGAGUGUGCCCCGGACUUCAAAUGCUGCAAGUCAGGAUGCGGAUUCAAUUGUGUGCCACCCCUAGGAGUGACCCCGGGAUUUUGUCCAGCUGCUAAGCCUAACCUUUCCCCCUGUUUUGUUCCGUGCAAGGAAUGUCCAAAAGGGCAGAAAUGCUGUCCAAGGAAUUGCCGAGAUGAGUGUGUGCCCACCCUACCUGAAAAACCUGGCUCCUGUCCUCAUGAUGAUAUAGUGUGUAUACAAGGAAGCCACCGAAUGUGUACCAGCGAUGACACAUGUCCACAUGAUCAAAAAUGUUGCUCAUACCGUUGUGGAAGAGCAUGUAUAUCACCUGUAUCAGAUUCAGAGAAGCCUGGCGUUUGCCCCCCUGAACGAUUUGUAAUUCGUAAAGGUGAUAAAGCAAAGUGGUGUGAUUCGGACAAAGACUGCCUUGAGGACAAGAAAUGCUGCCCACAGAGUGAGGGGAUGGUGUGCAAGACCCCUGCCCAAGAAAGAAGGGGACAAUGUCCAUGGGCAAAACUGAUAGAUUCACUUUGUGAUGACAAAUGUAGCUCUGAUUCUGAGUGCGCCCCGGACUUCAAAUGCUGCAAGUCAGGAUGCGGAUUCAAUUGUGUGCCACCCCUAGGAGUGACCCCGGGAUUUUGUCCAGCUGCUAAGCCUAACCUUUCCCCCUGUUUUGUUCCGUGCAAGAAAUGUCCAAAAGGACAGAAAUGCUGUCCAAGGAAUUGCCGAGAUGAGUGUGUGCCCACCCUACCUGAAAAACCUGGCUCCUGUCCUCAUGAUGAUAUAGUGUGUAUACAAGGAAGCCACCGAAUGUGUACCAGUGAUGACACAUGUCCACAUGAUCAAAAAUGUUGCUCAUACCGUUGUGGAAGAGCAUGUAUAUCACCUGUAUCAGGUGAACUCUUAGCAGCCUAA